CCACCAGCCUAUUUCUAGUUCGACAUAAUGCCCGCUAUCACCUCAGGAAAAGUCCUCGUCUCUGGUGCGAAUGGCUACGUCGCUAGUUGGGUCAUACGCACUCUCCUGGAGAGCGGUUACUCUGUUCGUGCUACUGUGCGCUCUGAGAGCAAGGGUGUGCAUCUGCGCAAGGUAUUUGCAAGCUACAACGACAGGCUCGAGCUAGUGGUCGUCCCAGAUAUCACUGCGGUCGGCGCUUUUGAUGAGGCGGUCAAGGGUGUGGAUGCUAUCGAGCACACCGCCUCUCCAUUUCACCUCAAGGCUGACGAGCCUGACGAGAUCAUCGUCCCAGCGGUGCGCGGCACUACAAGCAUGCUCGAGUCCGCGCUUGCGUACGGCACCUCCGUGAAGCGCGUGGUCGUCACAUCGUCCUGCGCGUCUAUCUUGAGCUUCGAUCCCACACCACGCAUCUACACGGAGAAGAACUGGAACGAGCAGGCGAUCGAGGUCGUCAAACUGAACGGCCGCAAUGCGCACCCGGCGAUUAAGUAUUGCGCGAGCAAGACACUCGCCGAGCGCGCAGCGUGGGAGUUCAUGGAGAAGAACCAGGGCAAGGUCCAGUGGGACCUGGUCGUACUCAACCCGCCAUAUGUCUAUGGGCCGAUUCUGCAGGAGGUCGGUUCGCCGGAGGCUCUCAACGAGAGCAUGCGUGAGUGUAACUCGUGGCUCGACGUCCGCGACCUCGGCAAAGCUCAUGUAUUGGCGAUCCAAACAGAGGCAGCCGGGGGUGAGCGCAUCAUCGUUUGCAGUGGCCCGUGGAAGUGGCAGGACUGGAUCAACGCUGCACGCAAGGCCGGUGCUGAUAUUCCCGCCGGCGACACGUCCUACGAUGCAGCAAAGGCAACGCAUUUGACGAGAUACGAUAUUGCGAAGGCGAACAGCAUUCUCGGCUUGACAUACCGUACAAUGGAUGAAACCACUCGCGAUAUUCUUGAUGACUUCAAGGAGAAGGGAUGGAUUAAGGUGUGA